UAGAACUCUUCGAGUACUCUUUGAUUAAACUUUCUUAAAAUUUUGCCCUAAAAUUUUAUUUGGAUACACAAACGAACAAGUGAGAUCUAAUUCGGGGUUUAAAUUACACUUUUCCUCCACUAAAAUACUUUAAUAUAUUUUCUGAAAGUGUCAUAUUUGUUCGUAAAAAGCACAUCAGUACGUUGGAUUUGGAGGGUCUCUGCGUCGCGGCGAAGUAGGAAGACGCAAAUCCGAGACAAGAAGCUUCUAGCUCCGUCAACUGCGAGAGGAGGAGGCGUAUUUUGCGUAACCCUAUUAUACCCGUUUCUGAGCAGUGGUUGGAAAGAUUGUGAGUUGGGGGAAUAAUUUUGGUUGAAACAUGCUUCAGAUUCGGCUUAGCAGGGCUCCUGCAUCAGAGGGGUCAGCAGGGGUGAAACAGUCACCUGUUGAGAAUGUUACAGUUGCGUGCCCUGAUCAUCUGGUUCUUGCUGAUCUUCCUGUUGCAAAGGGCAUUGGUGCAGCCACGGCUACUUCUCUUGUGAAAACUUUGGGCCGUAGGUCCCGUCGCCAGCUUGGCGAGCGAGUCCAUUUCUGUGUUCGCUGUGAUUUCCCUGUAGCCAUUUAUGGACGCCUGAGCCCUUGUGAGCACGCCUUUUGUCUGGAUUGUUCUAGAAGUGAUUCAAUGUGCUACCUGUGUGAUGAACGAAUCCAGAAGAUUCAAACAAUCAAAAUGAUGGAAGGAAUCCUGAUUUGUGCUGCCCCUCAUUGUCUCAAAUCUUUCUUAAAGAAAGCUGAUUUUGAAUCUCAUAUCCAAGACAGCCAUGCCAACCUUCUUCGACCCAAUGCUGAUAAAGAAGAUGGAAACGACUCAGAAGCACAGAGUGUUAGGCAAUCUACAGCUUCAGAUUCCACUGCUAGAGGUCCCCAAAGAACAGUUUUUUCUCCUGGUUCGAAUUCCCAGCAACAUGAUCUGGAAGAUAAAUCUCGUAGACAGACACCAAGAGAGCAACCACCUUCAAGGCAAACCCUGCAGCCAAAGCCACCAUAUUACGGUCAACAACACCCUUCAGAUACCAUGUCUGGCUCUGUUGGAGGCGGACAACAGGGUUUUCAUCAACAAAGUUUUGACAUGCAGCAACCCCCACAAGAACCUUCCCAGUUUUCUGACAGGCAGCAAGCAGUGGGUCCAGAGACCCCAUUUCCUGAGUAUGCAACGAUGCACCCUGCACAACCUUCCAAUGUUCCCUCCCUGGUUACUUCAAACCCAAUGUUGAACCCUCCUCUGCCAUUUGGUUACCCCCCUUACCCAAAUGAACGAGCUCAACCCUUUUAUGGUGGUCCCUAUGAUAUGCCUAGGCCGGACUCAGGUGCUGAUAUUGGUGGGGAGCAGAGUUCAUUAUUGGGAUUCCCACAAGGUGCCCCAAAUGGCCCAAAUUUUCCAGGAAAUUAUCCCCAGCCCUGGAACUCAGGAAUUGGUGGUGUGCCUUUUGAACAAACACAGGGAGGUAUGGUUGUGGAUCCAAGGGAGGGCAAAGGUAUAUUGGCACCGCAGCCCAUGCCCCUGCCACCACCACCUCCGCCUCCACCCAACAUGUCACAUUUGAAACAGAACUACUAUUCUGGGGAGCUUGGGCAUGAUGGUCAGGGUUAUGGGUGGCAGCAUGAUAACCGUGAUGGCUUUGGUAGCCAGGGCUAGUUAGGCUUUCUAUCGUUAUUCUAUUGGAUAUAUCUGUUUACUUUUGAGGAUGUUUCUGCGCAUGUUUGUCUCGUCAUGCAUUAGUCGAAUCGCUAAACAGCGAUUAAACCGUUUACUUUUGGGCCUAUUUUUGUAUUUGUAUAUUUUAACUGCAUUGAGCUUUUUUUUACAUUAUUAUUUACCAAAGGCAACGAAAUUUUUUGUCC